CGCUCCCCUGUUUCUCCGCGCUCCCUCCCCGCCUUGCCUCUCUACCCGAACCCGACUGCUGCCUCGACGCCGAGGGGGAGGAGUCGUCGUCGUCGACGGCGACCAGGGAGCGCGGAGACGCCAGCAAAGGGGCACCAGAAGUCCAGAACGCGAGCAACGAGCUGUUCGCAGUUGGUCUAUUUUCUACUGGAACUGCAGUUCUUUCAACAUGCCUUUUGCAAUUGCCUAUUAAGGAAAAAUAGAAUGUUAAAGAAUGGACUGUUUAGGAACGCAGGAACCCCAUUCAAUCGGUACAUCCAAUGGACUUUUUAAAGAUCCUCAUUAUCAAAAGAGUACGUUUGACCAAACAUCAAGGGCGAACCAGCAAAAUGGAUGUUCCAGUAAUGAAGUAUCAAAACAUAAUAUUGGAAUCGCUGAAGUCCAUUUCUCACGGGAUGAUUCUAGUGCAGAAAUGACCAAUUUACACCCACUCUUACCAUGUGAUUAUGGAUCAUCGGUUCCUACACUGACACCAUGCUGCUCACACCCUGAAACUGUAUUCUCACCUAAUUGGAAACAGGAUGAUCCUCAGACAAAAGCAAUGUAUCACAAUGGUGCAGCAACGGAUGACAACUCUGAGUUUCUUCAACUAAUUUUUAGUGACACUUACGAAGGGAACAGUUCAAGUGAACUGCAAAUUUGGGAUAUUUUAGAUCUGUAUUUCCCUGAAAGCUUUGCCGCUGUUCAAUUCAAUACGCUGAUGGGUUUUGGAAAUGAUGAUUGUAGUUAUAAUGAGUGUGUGGAUGCUGCUGAUAUGGUAGCGAUGGGCAUUUCUCCCCCAGAUAAAACAAGGGGCGUGGAUGAUGCUACUUGCAGGGCUCCAGUUGAUUAUACUAGCUUUUACCUUCAAAAUAGACCAUCAGAUUCAGAGAAUGAGUGCAGCUCUGCCUCUUGCAUGGUGACAGGAUAUGAAUGUACUGAUAAUCAAGAACUACCAGUAGGUCUUCUGAAUUUAAUGGAUAUUGGUUCACCAGGCAAUUCAGAUGACUUAUCCAGACCAUCACUGAACACAAAAAACAUCGUGCUUGUGCUGGAUUUGGAUGAAACCCUUGUUCAUUCAAAGCUACAACCCUGUGAUAAUUUUGACUUCACCCUUCAAGUUUUCUUUAAUAUGGAAGAUCAUACAGUAUACGUGAGGCAGAGGCCUCACCUCGAGAUGUUCCUCAACCGAGUUGCUCAGAUGUUUGAGGUUGUCGUUUUCACAGCUAGUGAGAGUGUUUAUGCUGAGCCUCUACUAGAUAAACUCGAUCCAGAUCGGAAACUGAUUUCACGCCGUUUUUACCGUGAAUCGUGUACAUUUUCCAAUGGUAGCUACACAAAGGACCUAACAAUUUUCGGAGUUGACUUGGCAAAAGUUGUGAUAGUUGACAAUACUCCACAGGUCUUCCAGCUGCAGGUCGACAACGGCAUACCCAUAAAGAGCUGGUUUGAUGACCCCACAGAUGUUGAGUUGAUGGAACUGCUUCAAUUCCUUGCGACCCUCGUUGAUGCCAAGGAUGUUCGACCAAUAAUCUCCAAGAACUUCAACAACAAACCUCAAUUGAUAGGAUCGGAUUAGAUAAAGUAAUGUUUGUUCCCUCUUUGUUUGAGAACCCCCAUUUCUUUUUUUCCAAAACAUUUGAACCUCCAUUUCUGCGUCCAGGUCAUUCUGGGUUCAGGUUAUUCUUGGCCUCUUGGGUAAUUAGGUAUAGAAUCGACACAUAAUGUUCAUGAUAUGUUAGUAGUUACAGGUAUGACGGCACAACCGCACAAGCCAUAGUCACUGCCAUGACAUUGCAUGGUUCCUUAGUUUCAUGUAUUGCAGAGGUACGUAGUGUGUAAGGGAACUAAAUUACCAGACAUUACUUUGUGAAUCAAAUUGUGACUGUUCAACGAUUUCUA